AUGGCCGUGUGCAAGAUAACACUUGGUGGUCUUGGCUGGGUUCUUGUUUAUGAUAACAAAACCACAAAGACAUGGAACAGGCCUUUUGGAGGUCCUGCCUCAGCACAUCUUCGCAGACGAAUAGAACCGCACGAAAAACCCCCAAGAUUGCAGCUGAGCAGCUCAGGUCACCUUGCAGAUUUCCAGUCGUAUCUCUUUACGCCGGGAAAAAAACCGCUCGUGGUGGACUUCGGCAAUCUUAUUUUUUACAGUCACAGCCUGCCCGGGCUGAAGGGGAAGGAGCCGGUGGUCUACCCCUGGAUGAAGAAGAUCCAUGUGAGCACGGUCAACCCCAAUUACAACGGAGGGGAGCCCAAGAGGUCUCGCACUGCCUACACCAGACAGCAGGUCCUGGAGCUGGAGAAGGAGUUCCACUUCAACCGCUACCUGACCAGGAGGCGACGCAUCGAGAUCGCGCACACCCUCUGCCUCUCCGAGCGCCAGGUCAAGAUCUGGUUCCAGAACAGGCGCAUGAAGUGGAAGAAAGACCAUAAACUGCCUAACACAAAGAUGCGCUCCUCAAACCAGUCCACACUGAGCCAGCAGUCCAAAGCACAGACACAGGGCCACCCCCAUCCCCUCGAUGGGGCUACACCCAACGCAGCCGCGCUGUAA